GUCGUAAUGUGACAAACCAUUAGUAUAUUGUUUUUCCCAUCAGUUGAAGUACGAACUCCCUGGAUUUAUAUAUUUAUUGUAAUUUGAUUUAUUUAGAAUAAUAUAUUUUUUUACUAAUAGUGCUGUGUCUGCUGUUAAAAUUAUUUUAAGUAAUGGAUUUCGAUAACAUUGGCCAGAACACACCUUUGAAGGUAUUUCAAAGGAAUUUAAGUUUUGAUUGUUCAACGCCAAUAUCUCCAAGUACGCCCCCAUCUUUGUAUAAUCGCUCAUUUCAUGGAUCCCCUCAAAUAAGUGAUUGCAGUAGUCCUGGAACUUUGGAGCCAUCGAUGCUAUAUAAUGGUGUUUCGUCGAGUAGGUCUAAUUCGCCUGAAAGUGAUGACAAUAGUGGCAACUCAAAUGCCGACAAUAAUAAUCUCGUUGACAUAAUGAAUAUUUUAACUGUAAAUCAACAACAAGCACAACAACAGCAACAGCAACAACAGUACCAACAACAACAAUUGGCGAUGCAGCAACACCAUCAGCAGCAACAGCAACAACAACAGCAGCAGCAACAGCAGCAACAUAAUCAACAUAUGCAAAAUCUUGCUCAAAGUGCGGGCAUCGGAAUCACUGCUGCCGAUCUAGAACUCGCGAAAUUGCAAAAUUUCCAAGCUUUGAACGCCCUAAAAUUGUUGCAGCAAGCACAAUCUCCCAUUCAGAUGCCUUUGAUUGGUCUCAAUCAACUCCUGCAGGGAUGCAGUCCGAAUCAAGUAAAGAAACUAUUCUGUUUAAGUAUCUCAUAUAAUUUUGUAUGUACAAUAAAAGCUAUUGCAGUUGAAAAAUUGGCAAAUACAACAAACUCAGCGACAAGUAGUGAUGCACAUCUGGAUAGAGUUGCGCGUUUUCAUCGGACUUCGGCUGCGCUUUAUGAUGCUACUUGUACUUGGAGCGGUGUACUUCCACCUCGUUCGCAUAAAGUUAUAAACUAUUCACCAAAAGUGUUUCUGGGUGGAAUUCCAUGGGAUAUUAGUGAACAAUCGCUGAUACAAAUUUUCAAACCUUUCGGCCAAAUCAGGGUUGAAUGGCCAGGUAAAGAGCAGCAAGCUUCCCAACCCAAGGGGUAUGUUUACAUAAUUUUUGAAUCUGAAAAGCAAGUUAAAGCGCUCCUGGCUGCUUGCGCUUUACAAGAGGAUAAUUCACCGAACGCCGGGAAUUACUAUUAUAAGAUUUCGUCGAAACGUAUUAAGGCGAAAGAGGUUGAGGUAAUUCCAUGGAUCAUAGCAGAUUCGAAUUACGUAAAAUCGACGUCUCAAAAAUUGGACCCAACUAAAACUGUUUUCGUUGGUGCUCUUCAUGGAAAAUUGACUGCUGAGGGAUUAGCGAAUAUAAUGAAUGAUUUAUUUGACGGAGUUGUCUAUGCAGGUAUAGACACGGAUAAGUAUAAAUAUCCGAUUGGAUCGGGCAGGGUUACAUUCAAUAAUAAUCGAUCAUACAUGAAAGCUGUUUCGGCGGCUUUUAUAGAGAUCAAAACUUCGAAAUUCACCAAAAAGGUGCAAGUGGAUCCCUAUUUAGAGGAUUCCUUGUGCUCCAUAUGUGGUGUACAACAUGGUCCAUAUUAUUGCCGAGAAUUAUCCUGUUUCAGGUAUUUCUGUCGAUCAUGCUGGCAAUGGCAGCAUACCACUGAUGCUUUUCGCAAUCACAAGCCACUUACGCGAAAUUCAAAAUCACAGCAAUUGGUGGGUGUUGGUCCGCAACCAGCUCCGGUUGCCGCCUCCGCGUCUGCUGCCCAGCCGCAAAACAACAAUCCUUCGAUGAUUAACAAACAGCAGAUUCAACAGCAAUAAUUUACUUUAACGUAUAUUUGAUAUAUCGUUUUUUCUUUGUUAGUUGUUAUAUAUUAUUGAUGAACCUCCCACUCUAUAUAUUUUUAUUGCUGCUGUGCAGAAUAUUGUAAGGUUGUGAUAUCGGUGGAUGUUGGCGUUCAACGUUAAUGGACGGGUUCAAGAGAGAGGUCGUACGAGAAAAGCGAGAAAGUUACUAAUUAGAAUGUUUAAUUAAAAUGUAGUGCAAUGCGGGUGUGAGCAGAGAGAGCUAAGUUCGAUAUGGGUGUGCGGUGUAGGUCGACGAAUUAGGUUUCGCCAUUUAGGUAAAGAUACUUAUUCGAAGAAUGGAAAUAUUUAUUUAUUUAGUGGUAUAGAUUCGGAGGUUUAAAACGAUAUGAGCAAAAUAUGAUUUUUUUUGAGUAUAUGUAAAGAAUUUUUCACGACAUCUUUUUAAGACUAAUC